AUGUCUACUAUGACCACAAGAUAUUGGUGUCUGUUCAUUUGCUUAGGGGUCUUCUUCACUGAAAUUUCAUCCCAGAACUGCAACCAACUUCGCAGCAGGCUACAUGAAGCCAACCUGCGCAACCUGAUUCUCCCAAUGAGAAAUAUGGGAUCAACCAUUCCCCAACAAUGUAUCAGGGACAUAAUUGAUUUCUCCCUUGAUAGCAGUGAAGAAAAUUUGAUGAACAUGAUUAAUGAAUUACAGGGGGAGAACGCCAAGGUAGCUAUCAAAGAACUUCUCCAACAGAUAGACCUCAUCUUCAAGGAAAGCCAUAGUGAAUUGGCUUGGGAUGAGAAUUCACUAAGAGAAUUCCACAUUGGACUGCAUCAGGAGAUAAAGAACACAAGAGCUUGCUGGAAUACUGAGGUGAAACGUGGCACCAAAUCUCGAAGAGGUCAGAAACUACAGUUCACCAGGCUGAGAGUGAAAAGAUAUUUUCAGAGACUCAGAGGCUUCUUGAAAAAUAAAGAGUACAAUCUGUGUGCCUGGAAGAUUAUGCAGAUCCAAAUCAGAGAAUGUUUUGAGUGGAUUAACCAUCUCAAUCAAAGGAUUCCAAGUGAAG